AUGAGCCUGCGGGGCGCAGCCGGGAGUCCGGGAGCCAUGGACGGGGAGGGGGAUGGGUGGAGGGGCAGCAGGAAACGCCCGGGGCCUGGCCGGGCCGGUCGGGCUGGGGGCACCGCGGAGGGGAGGGGAGGGGCGGCGCCCGGCUGGCCUGCCGGGCUCGCUCACCUCGCCCUGGCGGCGCGCCCCGCGGGGCGUUGCGGGGAGGGGAGCAGGCUCUGCGGACCUUGGGAUCCGGGACCCGCCCUCUCCGGGUCGAGGGCCGGUGGCGAGCGGCAACGACGGCUGGAAGCGCAGCGGCAGUAUGAGAGCGGGCGCCGCUGCUCCACGCCUGCGGACGCGCGGCCGGCGGCGGCUCCGUCUGCGCGCGCCAUGGGGGCGCCGUGGGGCCCGGCGAGCUGCGCGCGGCGCGGAGUGCGGGGGCUGCCGCGGGCCGCCUCGGCGCUGGCGGCCACGGGCCUGCUGUGCACCGCGCUGGCCGCCUACGCCUGCUGGGGGCAGCUGCCGCCGCUGCCCUGGGCCUCCCCCGCCCCUCCGCGGCCGGUGGGCGUGCUGCUGUGGUGGGAGCCCUUCGCGGGGCGCCACAGCGCCACGAGGCCGCCCCCCGACUGCUGGCUGCGCUUCAACAUCAGCGGCUGCCGCCUGCUCACGGACCGUGCCGCCUACGGGGAAGCCCAGGCUGUGCUUUUCCACCACCGAGACCUGGUGAAGGGACCCCUGGACUGGCCCCCGCCCUGGGGCGUCCGCGUGCGCUCGGCAGAGGAGCUGGAGCUGCGGGUACUGAACGAGGCGGAGGAAGCCCUGGCCACGUCGGGCCACAGGCCCCCGGGCCAGCGCUGGGUGUGGAUGAACUUCGAGUCACCCUCCCACUCCCCGGGACUGCGAAGCCUGGCAGGUAACCUCUUCAACUGGACGCUGUCCUACCGGGCCGACUCGGACGUCUUUGUGCCUUAUGGCUACCUCUACCCCAGGACCCAUCCCAGCGACCAGCCCCCAGGCCUGGUCCCCCCGCUGUCCCGGAAACGGGGGCUGGUGGCCUGGGUGGUGAGCAACUGGGACGAGCGCCAGGCCCGGGUGCGCUACUACCACCAGUUGAGCCAGCACGUGUCCGUGGACGUGUUCGGCAAGGGUGGGACCCGGCGGCCGGUGCCUGACAUCGGGCUUCUGCACACGGUGGCCCGUUACAAGUUCUACCUGGCCUUUGAGAACUCGCAGCAUCUGGACUAUAUCACGGAGAAGCUCUGGCGCAACUCGCUGUUGGCUGGGACCGUGCCGGUGGUGCUGGGCCCCGAUCGUGCCAAUUAUGAGCGCUUUGUGCCCCGCGGUGCCUUCAUCCACGUGGACGACUUCCCUAGUGCCUCUGCCCUGGCCGCCUACCUGCUCUUCCUCGACCGAAACCCAGCUGUCUACCGCCGGUACUUCCAUUGGCGCCGGAGCUACGCCGUGCACAUCACCUCCUUCUGGGACGAGCCUUGGUGCCGGGCCUGCCAGGCAGUGCAGAGGGCUGGCGACCGGCCCCAAAGCAAACGCAACUUGGCUCGCUGGUUCGAGCGGUGAAGCCACCCAGGGAGGUCCAGCCAUCCGCUUUUUGAUCCUCUGCUGUGCAUCUCCUUGAAUGCCGAAUCCUGAGAUGAAGGUUUUGCUUUUUGGAAAAAAGUGAUUUGCCAAUGUUACUCAGCACAAAGGCUGGGUGGGUAGGAUCCCGGUUCAGUUCUUGAUGUUUUUUGCGCGAGUAGGAGUUGGGCUCUCUGCUGUUGAUGGGCAUUAGUGUUCAGGACUGAAGGGGGGGGGGGGGGCGUCCUCCCCUUGUAACUUCACCAGUGCAGAGGUGAAGAAAUAGCUUAACUACAAGAAGCCAUUGAGUCAGUUGCUCUGAAUUUCCUCAUCUGCCACAGGUCAUAUUUGUGGCCUGUGCUGAAUCCAAAUGUUGGGACUGCUGCUCGUUUCACAUUUCACUGGACCAAGGUGCAGCAAAGCCCUGGUUUUAGAAAGAUCCUUGUCGUUGGAUAGUGGACGGACUGUGGCUGUGGCCACAAGGAAGUCUUUCUCUUUGUUGGUUGAAUUCCUCAAAGCCUCAGCACCUAAGAAAGGUGAGGAGGGUCAUCCAAGAACCCGUUGACUGUUUCUUAACAAGUACUGUUUGUUCCCCUGCCAGUGAAUGGAAACAAGAUGCUGGAUUGUCCUUGGAGAGGAGUUAGGGUGAAUAUAUAAGUGUACCUCUCUUUACACAAAUGUGUUCUUGAAGAGCUGCUUUCCUUCUUUUUUUUUAAUCCUCAACUGAAGAUAUGUUUAUUAUUAUUAUUAUUGAUUUUAGAGAGAGGAAGAGAGCGAAACAUCCAUUGGUUGCCUCCACACUCACCCCAUCUGGGGAUCAAACCAAAACCGCCAGGUAUGUGCUCUGACUGGGACUCAAACCCACAACCCUUGGUGUACCGACGACACUUCAACCAACUGAGCCAACAGGGCCCAACAAGCUGCUUAUCAGUCAUGUCCCAAACUCACUGCGCUAGGGGGAAUUCAGUAUUUAAUACAACCUUAUGGAGAAUCCCUUUACAAUGUGAAUAAUCAUCCCUAACUAAUUUCUUCUAUGUCUAUAUUUUUCUAUAACCUGGAUUUUUUUAAAAAGCAUAUUAAAAUUACAGAUGUGAAAAUAAAGCAGAAGCAACCUUCUUCUCCCCACCUCCCAGAAAACCAGACUGUGUUUACAAGACAGAAGAGAAGGAAGCCACAGUGUCAUUUUCCACAAAAUUACUUAUUUUGUGUCUUUACUGGACCUGAAAUUUAAACUGGAAUAUCAUUCCUCCAGGGGUGCUGGCAUUCCCUGUCCGCAGAACAGUGAAAGAUUGUACUGCAUUGUGGAAUCAUGCAAAAGGAAAAAAGUUUCAUGGUGUCUGUUAAUGGCAGUGUCUGUUUCGAUCUGUUAGUUUUUUUGUUAAAUGUUUAGUUGCUAGGGAAUGGAACUGCAUUGGUGUCUGUGAUGAACUUUGUUUUUUGUUAAAGGCUAAAUGGCAGUUCACCUUGGGGCCAGGGGUUCCCCUCCUAGUCUGCGUAGUGGUACAUAUAUCCUCACAUUUCUAAUGCCCUUGAGACUGUGCCAUGGGACCAACUUUGAAAAUAUAUGCAUUGACUUUAAAAGUUGUUUGAGCAGUAUAUUCAAUAGGUGUUAUCAUGUGCCUUACUCUGUGCCAAACAAUGGGCUUGGGGUGCCACAGGAGAAACAAAAAUAUGUAAGGCAAGGCGCCUCUCUUUAAGACUCUUACACUCUAUCACUGCCAACAACUAAUCAGUGAACUGGCAGUACCUGUUUGUUUAAAGUGAUAUCCUUAGUGACACACACCAUAAGUGAAUUAUUACAAAGCCAGUUGACUUACAACUCGAAAUAAUAGCUUAUGUUUCUUGAUUUAUUAUAAUAAGGACCCUCAGUGACUAAUUAUUGUGGGUAGGGUCCAAGAGUCAUUAGAUUUACACAUGGUUCUGCUAUGAAGAGUAAUUUUGCAUUUGACUACUUCAGUUAGUUGAAUCAUAGAAUUUUAUCUCUGCGUUUGUUGUAGACUCACUUAAAAAAAAUCACUAAAAUCUAAAAAGUGGUUCCAUUCUCUUUAUCCUUAAAAGGGGAAAUUAAAAUCCGUGGGUGAGACUUCCUUAUUGAAAUAUUAUGGCCUGGGCAGAAUUAUAAUUACAAAGUAUUAACUGUCCAACAAAGAAAGAGGAAAAAUUCUAUUCUUAAAAUGAAUAUUUACGGGAUACUGGCCAGUGAUCUUUGUGUUAUUGGGAAUCUACAUGAGGCAGUGGGCGAGAGUUUAGGUUUUGAGGGAAACCUGGCUUAGAGUUGAAUUCCAGCCGUGUGACCUUGGGCAAAUUAGUAAUAACUCUGAACCUCAGCUCCCUUGUCAGUAAAAUCGUGCAAGAAAACACUCCACAGCUCAUUGUGAGCAGGUCAGGAAAUAAAAUAGGUUUAAAGGUGGUUACUCAAUUGGUGAGGAAAAAAAAAUAUAUUUUUUCCUUCUUUCCCUGCAGUGGUUUCAGGGUGCCUCCCUAUUCAUUUACAUGUUUAAAAUUAAAUCUAUAUGAAAUAAAAAGGAAGGGACCUUCUAUCAUGUAUUUCAAAUGAAUCCCCAAAGCUAAGCCAAUUAUUUCAAAAAUCUUUGCCAUUUAGACUGACCUUGAAUUUGCAAACCACCUAUGCUUUCUUUGAAAAACAAACAAAAAAAGGUUGUUUUGUUUUGGUUGAGUUAUAUA